AUGGAUCAGCCAAAAAAUGUGGAAUACUCCCUUUACCUGUUCAUGGACGAGCUGAGUGGCGAGCGUUUGGCUGACUAUAAGCUUCGUUUCGAGCAGCUCAACAGGAACGAACGAGGAGUCAUCACGAUAACCGAACUGAGCGAUAUGGUACGGUCAAUGGGUGAGACUCCCUCAGACAAGGAACUCAAGGAAAUAUUCAAGGCCUCCGAUUUGGACGGCAAUGGCGAGAUCGACUUCAAGGAGUAUUGCUUUGUGAUGGCACAAUUCGAAAACGACGAAGAACGUGAGAUUUGCGACAUUUUCAAAAUGUUUGAUCGAGACGCCGAUGGUUAUAUAAGCGAAAAGGAUCUCUUAGAGCUAUUGGAUAACUCUGCUUUUAAGAGUGAAAGGCAGGCGGUCAGGCGAUUGAUUGAUUCUGUUGAUUGCGACGGAGAUGGCCAAAUAAAUUAUGAUGAGUUUUUGGCCUUGAUGAAGAGUGCUCUUGACUAUCCAAGUCUUGAGUGA